AUCCUCGAAACCCACCACGGCACAAAAAAAGAAAAAAUAUAUAAAAUCGUAAAGGAGAUCUGACAAUUUGAUAAUACGCCCAUCUGGUUUGGUUCAGAAUUGGGGUGUAUUUUCUAAAUCCUCCAUUAUUUGAUUUCUUUUAGUAGAGAAGGAGCGUUUUGGUUGUCUCCAGCUGGACGCUUCUGGGCUGCACCAGAACCCCCCUCCCUAUGCACAGCUCCCUCGUCAGGUCUCCCCGGGAUCGGUGUUUUGCAUCGCUCCUCGAUUUGCAUUUCUUCCUCCGAUUUUCUGUGCGACGGGUUCAGCGGGCGCUCCUUCACGGCUCUUUUUUAUACGCGCGCCUCCAUUUCCACAGCAACAUCUAUACGCGCAAAGAGAGACAGAGAGCGAGAAAAAAGGAAACGAAAAAGCAUCUGGAAUUUUAAAUAAUGUUGCCUAACCUUCAUUAUCGGGAAAACCGAGGACAUUUUUGAUUUCCUGUUUUAUUUUCCUUUCUUUCUGGUGCGUACCAGCGGAGCUAGACACGUGUCCUCGGGGUAAACAAAAAGGGCUAGGUCGUGUCAGCGGAUCUCGUUGUUUCUUUCCUUGUGUUGUUGUUUUUCCCCUCCUCUAUUUGUUACCGAACCACUGGGUUUAAGAUUAAGCUCAAGCUUGGCCACCAUAUAUAUAUAUAUAUAUAUAUUGCCUAUUUUAUCUGGCGCGCCUUGGUGUUUAAGACGCAUUUUGGAGAUGUCGGAAGUGUUGCCUUUCAACGAAGAGAAAAUGAGUCAUUAUGGAAAUGAGGGCGACGAGGGACACCUUUCCUUCACCUGUCGCCUUCAAGACACCAACAACUUCUUCAACGGCUCACAGAACAAGCGUCCGCCGAAACUCGGACAAAUUGGCAGGAGCAAAAGGGUUGUGAUCGAGGAUGAGAAUGGCGACGAUGAGGCAAUGAAAAAUGGAACAGAGAAGACUUCCGGAGAGGCUUAGAACAUCCAAACCCAUCAAAAGACAAUCCACUUUUUUUCUAUUGUGAUAUUUACCAGUUCUAAUCCAAAGACACUGUAUAUAAGCACUUUCUCUCAUGUGGCAGCAAGCAAGUACUUCCACGCCCUCCUCUUCCCAGUCCGUCAUGACUAGCUGGAUGGAUGGAUGCACAAAGGGUCCAGGGUGGGAGGCAGCAGCAAAAAAAAAAAGGAGACCCCCAGGUGGACCCCCAUAACACAUAUACACAAGAACACCCCUGAUUACAGGGUUUCGCCAUAAAUCCAGUCACAGGAGAGGAGACUGGGGGAGGAGGAGGUGGGGUGCGGGGGGUUGAGGUGAAGGAUGGAGGUGAAGCUGUCAAAAUGCAGAAAUCAGGGAGAGGCUACAGAGGUAGAUCUAUUAUAAUAAACUAAAGCACACACUUCUCCUAUAUCUUAUCAAUCAAACCUUUCUGGUCUUCGUUUUUUGAGUGAGGACAAACGAAUACCGGAGUUUUGUAAAUAUGGAAAGGGUAGCCCAUAUUUUGUUGCACAAAGUGAGAACUGGUAAACUGGUUUUGUUUCAUGUUGAAGACUUCAUUUAUUCUGGAAACCUUGGGGAAUAUGUCUUUUUGAAGUGACGUAAAGCCUAAGGGAGUGUUUUGUUCUUUGGUUGUUUUUUUUUGUUUCUUUUUUGAAUGUUAAGAAAAACUUUGAGCAAAUGAGAGUGAUGUUAUUUUCCACUUAUGGAUUCUCGAUGUUGCCUGAGUGUUUUUGUUACCAUACUUUGCAGCUAUAAAGAGUCAUUUCUAAACAGUGUACUUCCCACCUGUUUGUAAACUUACCCAGGCUUUCACCUGGAUUGAUUGAUUGAUACUGUAACUUGACUGUAAAAACCCUAUUGAUGAAACAACUAUUUAUAUUGCAUUGUGCAUUAUUGUGUGUGCCAAAUUCAUGGGGUAACAGAAUACCUGUUCUUUUUGUGCUUUAUACAUUUACGUGUUGAUUUCAGUCGUUUCCCUUGGGUUGCCAUUUUUUCAGGGCUCUUUUUGGUAAAAACACUUAAAGUACCAACUCAUGCAUGGCGAAUAUGAAUUCAUGCAUGCAUGGCAGCAGUUCUGAAACUCUUGUGUAAUCUUGAAGCACCUCGUAUACAGCUUUGAAUGACAAAAACCUCAAGAAACAGUCUUAAUUCUCCGUUGUACUGUACGACUCUCGCUGAUUUGUACAGUGGCCUAAUAUCUUGUAAUAAAGAUUAUGAUACCGUACUAUUUACUGUAAGUGUUGAUUGUGGUUUACAAUAGGGAAUGAUGUAUUUGAUGUUGCUUUUUGUUUAAAAAAAGGAAAAAAACCUCGAUCUGUAGCAAAAACAUGAAAAUAUAGUUUUGUAUCAGAGAGUUAAAGACAGUAGCAGGUACCCUGGCUUACCUUUUGGACAUGUUGCUUGUACAUUUUCUCCUGUUGUUAUUGUAUUGCCUAUCUGGCUGCCAAGGAAAGGUGAAAUCAGCAUUUUUUUCCACUGUGAGAAAGUAGCAUCCAACUUUUUGGAGAAAGAUCGGAUGUGGAAGAGGCACAGAAUGAAGAGCGGAUAAUCCCAUCGAGAAUCUGAGAUGCACACUUUGUCCUGCCGAAACAAAGGAGAGCUCAAACAGUUGCACAACAGACUAUGAUCUAAUUAAGUGCUACAGUUCAGCGAAAAUAUCUUUUUUUUGUGGGGAUAAUGUACAACACUGCUUCCCAAUGCAAUAAAUGUCUGUUUGCAUUAAAAA